AUGCCGGCAAAUGCAACAAAGCCGGCACCCAAUCGGCCGCAGCGGCGCGUAACGGCCGGCCAGAUCCUGUCGAUGCCGCCGAAAUGGCUGGGCAUGUACGACGAAUUCAUCACCAAGAACGCCGGCCAGGUGUCGCAGAUUGAGAGCGCGCUGAGGAGCCUGACGUAUAUUAUUCCUGGCCGCUUUCGCGAUGCCGAAAUCGCCUCCGAGUCGAUUCACUCGGGCGUCCAGCUGCUGUCGCUCUACCACGACGGCAUCCUCUCGCAGGCAGUCUCCAAGCUGCCGACGCCGCCGGUGCGGUCGGCCCAUGCGCGCUACACGCGAUACUGGACACAGAAGAGCAAGACGUACCGCAGGAUAGCCAUGGUGCUGCAGAUGGUCGUCUACACGGAGCUGCUGUGCGAAAUGAGCGCCAAGCGGCGCGGCGGCGAAAAGUCCCGGUGGAACGUCAUUGUGCUGCUCGAGGCCAUCAAGGCCUUUUGCCGCCUCAUCCUGCUGCGCGUGACGCGCUCGCGCCCGCUCGUCACACCGGUGCUGCCGGAGCGAGAGCCCAUUCCCGAGGACGACGACGUCGAUGAGGAUCUGAUCACCGCCAGGAGCGAGAGCGAGCUGAUGGAUGAGACAUCACCCAAUGGAUCCGCCUGGACAAUGCCGCGGACGGGCAUGAGUCUGCCUUCGUUGCCCAACCCUGGCGAUGUUGGUUCAUACCUGCUGGGGCGUGUCUUGACGGCUGACGAUAUCAAACCUGCCAACAAGCUCCUGAAUUCGCUGCAGGGGGGCGGCCAGUUUGCCGAGAUACUACACAUCUUGACGCCGCUGAUCUACGCAGUGGCGCUGGCCAGGACAAAGAACAAGAAGUCGUGGACACCGUGGCUAGUGGGCGUGGCGGUCGAAUACGUUGCUCGCCAGCUCCGCCAGCGCAGCCUGCGAACCUCGGCUCUGGAGCGAGACGAGUGGAACAAGAGAGGCUGGGCCAUGAUCUGGUGGAUGAUGCGCGGCGCCUUUUACGAGAACGUGACCAAGGGGGCCGUCAACGGAGUGACGAGCAGGAUGCCGGGCUUCAUCGGGGGGAUCCUGCAGGACUACGAAUAUCUGUGGGAGAAUUACUACUUUAGCACGAGUGGCUGA